GUCUACCAAAUAAAGCUGCAGGCAUCACCUUCACGUCUCCAGUAGAUUUAGAGGAUGCCAUCCGUGUUGUCUGCAACAUGAGCUUUCAGGAGAUGCAGAAUAAGUUUCCUGAUGAGGGGAACCAUUUGAGGGAUUACUGUGCAGAUUCCAUCCUUCUGCAGGUGCUCCUGAUCAAUGGAUAUGGCUUCAAUGAUCUCUCCUUCCCACACAUCUCCUUUCGGGAGAAAGCUGAAGACACUUCUGUCGGCUGGUCCCUUGGCUACAUGCUAAGUUUAAGCAACUUGCUGGCAGCUGAAAAUGUGCUUGUGAGAAAAACACUGCACCCAGAUGCCUGGCGUGCUGCUGUCUUCCUCUUCUCAGUCCUUCUUAUUGCGUCUAUAUUUUUUCUGCUGCGAACCUACCAAAAGAAUGCCACUAAAUUAUGUUGUUGAUCAUUAUGCACUAAAGAGUUUUUCUGUCCUUAAGGGAAAAGCUGUAAGUAUAUGCAGUAUAUGAAAAAGUAUCAACUUUUGUCAGUAAAAGUAAAAACGUCAGAUUGUGUCGAUGUAAUUCGCUGUAAAAUUGAUGUGGAAUUCAUGAAGAUGUCUGUUAAGUAUUAAAUUGACAUGAAUUAAUAUGUAAACAGAAAAAUAGAACCAGCACUUCCAACACUUAACAUUUCAGAAAUCCUAUCUGGUCUUUAAACAGCCUUGCUUCCACUUCUUAAUGACUCGGGUGAAUGUGGAAAUUUAGAACAAGGAAAUAUUUCUUUUUUUAGCCACCCACUGUUGCAUAAACCUCUUAGUUUCUGAUCCUCAAUCAGCUGAACAGAAGAGUCUAUCGGUUGUUGUGGGUGGGCCCACAGUUCAUGACAUCU